UCCGAAUCGCAGCGUAUAAAAAGGAGACUUGCUCUAAUGUUGUCCCCACCUACACCAGAAAUCCUUUUCAGUUGUUGUCACCAUCAACUCAAUCUCUUAACUUCACAUCCUUGAUCUUGUAACCAUGAGCCAAUUCAACCAAGACACCAUGAUUCUAUUAGACUUCCCUGUCGAAAUCUUGUUAAAGAUUCUUGGUCAUCUAGAUGUGUGCGAACUCGUACGGGCUCGUCAAAUAUGCAACGACGUUCGACAAGCGAUCGACUCUUCGUCGGAACUGCUGUAUUUGAUUGAUCUGGAGUAUUUUAACGCGAUUCCGGUCACUUUGCCUGGAUCUGUCGAUACCGGCGUCCCAGCACUUCGCCAGUCGCUUCGACAAAGCGAAUCUGCGUGGCAGAAUGCGCAAUACUCAUCAAACGUCCCUGAACCGAUUCCGUAUCCUCCGAAUAUGCAUCGAUGGUCGUCCGGCGUUCUUGGAUUCCCAGUCGAACAACUCCAGCAAAUAAAGUUUUUCCAGCCUCAACCGGCAGUUGACCACUCCAUUGUCCCAACCUUGCGUCAGUGGCACUGUUCAGUCGACAGCGCAGUCAGCCAUUUUAAUUUCUCGCCGGCGCAAGACCUCGUGGUUCUUCUUGCCCAAGCACCCCCAGGUGCGAAUCACGCGUUUGACGUCAGUUUCAGGUCGCUCUCAGAGGAUGGCGUUCAUCCGGACGCUGCGUCACCUGUGGUCAAAGCACUUGACAAUGAGAUUGAUAUGAACUUGUUCAACCCCUAUACUCCAAAAUCCUCGAUUUUCGGGGACUAUUAUGCUGUGUUGUUCAGGGGUGUCGCCAAAGCAAAUGGUGGAGUAGCCGACUUUCUCCAAAUCUGGAACUGGAAGACGAGGGAUGCUUUUCAGUGCAUCGAAGCUUUCAAUCCAGCUUGCGAAACGAUGGGCUUUAGCUUCCUAACGGACGACAAGCUUCUCGUCGCCAACGCCAGGGAACUAUCUUUAUAUUCCCUCGUCCAUGCAUCCAAUGCUAUCCAACUCACCGCGAAAUUCUCCCUUCCUCCCUUGCGGCGUUCAUUUGAAUACACAUGCGUCAGCUUCGCCCCCAUUCCUUUCCCCGCCCACGCACACAAUCAAAUCAUCGCUUUCAGCAUGGACAUCUCAGGGGGGCACCUCGCCACCAAGCCUUGCUUCACAUUCUUCAUCGAGCGUGACGCCCUCUUGGAACUCGAAUCGACCUAUACGAGUCACCAUGGAAAAGCAAGUAAUCGCUCUCCUAGUCUGCCUUGGUCCAGCUGGGGUCCAACUCACACCAGGUCCUUCGAGGAGCGUUCGUACGACCCUUGCAAACACUCAGUGUUUGGCUUCCGGUCCGUAUCUUUUGUCGGCGACAGGAAGUCGGAGCAGCAGCCGCGGCCACUAUGCAUUCGAGAUUUCAACCCCCAUCGAGUCGCAGAUUUCAAGGCUGGGAACGGAUCGAGACUCAAUCAACGACUUAUCGAAGGCGAGUCAUCAACCUCGAAUCUGUUCUCCCAGCCUCUUGGAUCUGGUCUUCCGUAUAUCGAGACGAUCACCGAGGAGAAGUUCGUUGCAACUGACAUGACUAUGGAAGCAAACAGGAUCACGAUGCUAUUCUUCCAAGUCAGGCGCACGCUUACAUUUGUGCACGUAGGUCCAGGGGGCACUGUUGAGGAUCGUGAAGUUCUACCGGGCUUUGAAGUACUUGAUUUCGAGUAGAUAUUUAUCUCGAGCUUCAUGUCAUUUGAACAUCUCAAUCUAUAUUUCAUUGACUAUUCA